AUGACCUUUGCCGAACUUCUCGAGCAGAUCGGGGGCAUGGGUCGCUUCCAAGUCCUCCAUGUGGCCUUGCUGGUCAUCCCUGUCUUGCUGACCGCCAGCCACAACCUGCUACAAAACUUCUCCGCUGCCAUCCCCGAGCACCACUGCCGGAUCCGGCUGGUGGGCAACGGCACCAAUCUGGGUCACGCAAACCAGACGGAAAAGCCAGGCAUUGAGGAGGACCUCCUGUGGAUCGCCAUCCCCAAAGAUGCAACCGGGAAGCCCGAAAAGUGUCGCCGAUUCGUCAGCCCCCGCUGGCAUCUCCUCAACGCCAGUGCUGCUGACAGCAACAACAUGACACAGACAGACACCGAGCCGUGCUAUGAUGGGUGGAUCUACGACAGGAGCGUUUUCGUCAACACCAUCAUCAUGGAGUGGGACCUGGUGUGUAACCUGCGGACCCGGAGACAGAUGGCACAGUCAAUUUACAUGGGGGGAGUUCUGAUGGGCGCUCUUUUGUUCGGGACUUUAGCUGACAGAUUUGGACGCAAGCCAGUUUUAAGCUGGUCCUACCUGCAGAUGGCUGUUUCAGGUCUGUGCACAGCUUUCUCUCCGAAUCUCAUGGCAUACUGCAUCUUCCGCUUCCUGGUCGGCAUGGCGUACUCUGGGAUUAUCCUGAACUGCAUGUCCUUGGUCCUCGAGUGGGUGCCGACCAGAGUCCGCACCAUUGCGGGAACCGUGGUGGGAUAUUCUGCGACCAUGGGGCAAAUCAUCCUGCCUGGGCUGGCCUACGCCCUCCCGGACUGGCGCUGGCUGCAGUUUACUGCUUCGAUGCCCUUCCUCGCUUUCUUCAUGUACUCCUGGUGGUUUGCGGAAUCCGCCCGCUGGCUGAUACUCUCUGGCAAACUGGAGCAGGCUGUAAAAGUUCUCAAGAGGGUCGCCCAGAUCAACGGGAAGGACGGAGAGGGAAAGAAACUCAGCACAGAGGUCUUGAAAUCUAGUAUGCAGAAAGAAAUGGCACUGGCAAGGUCAUCCUAUACAGUCGUCAGCUUGGUCCAGACACCCACCGUGCGCCGGAUCUCCUGUUGCAUUUCCAGUGUUUGGUUUGCCACUAGUUUCGCUUACUACGGCCUCGCCAUGGAUCUCCAGAACUUCGGUUUCGACAUCUACCUGAUCCAGGUGGCCUUUGGCUCCAUCGACAUCCCGGCCAAGUUGGGCUCCGCCAUUGGGAUGAGCUACAUUGGACGGAGAGCCACUCAAGCUUCCUCUGUCAUCGUCGCCGGCUUAGCCAUCCUGGCCAAUACAUUUGUGCCCUCAGAUCUACAAACCCUGCGGACAUCCCUGGCAGUGCUUGGGAAAGGGUGCCUGGCUUCCUCUUUCAACUGCCUCUAUCUCUACACGGGCGAGCUCUACCCAACGGUGAUCAGACAGACCGGGAUGGGUCUUGGCAGCACGCUGGCUCGAGUCGGGGGCAUCGUGGCCCCGAUGGUAAAAAUGACAGGAGAAUAUUUCCCCUACCUUCCACCUCUCAUAUAUGGGGCAGCCCCAAUCCUGUCUGGGAUUGCAGCCGUCUUCCUGCCGGAGACACGCAACAUGCCACUCUCAGAUACCAUCGAAGAAGUCGAGUGCAGGAAGACUCCAGAGCAACAUCUCCCUGCCAAGGGCCAAGAGCAGGUUUUGCUGCAGAAGAUGGCCCAGGAAGUGGUUCAGGAAGCCGGAAUGUGCUAA